AUGAAUAUCCCACCACCGCAGGGCUGGGUCCAAAAGGAAUUGGACCCAGAUGCCUUGGUCGCUGCAGCCCACGUGGCGGCGUGGCCGUCUCCACCGGUCACGCCGCGCGGCCCUUGGGAGGAGGUGGAGUGGCUCCGGGAGGUCAUGGUCAAUGUCUGCGACACGGCCAUGCCCCGCUCCCGGGGCCUCCAAAAAAGGGCGGUGUACUGGUGGUCGAUGGAGAUUGCCCGACUCCGUACGGAGUGUGUUCGGGCAAGACUCCAGUACACCUAUGCCCGUUGCAGAUCAUCCAGCAACGAGGCCACGUGGGCAAGAGAGUAUGAGGGCUAUUGCAACGCAAAAAAGGCCCUCGCGGCGGCCAUAAGAAGGGCCAAGUCUCAGGUCUGGGAGGAACUCUUCGGGACUCUGGACAGAGAUCCGUGGGGGCGCCCGUACAAGAUUGUCAUAAGACGACUGCGACCUUGGGCGCCCCUGUUAGCGGAGAGUCUUGAUCCCCAACUCUUGAGACGGGGGGCAACCGAGGAGGAGAUGAUCAUGGCUAUCCAGAAAAUGGGCAAAAAAAACACCGCCCCAGGUCCGGAUGGAAUUCCUGAUCGGGUCUGGGUUUUGGCCUUAGGCCCCCUGCGUAACCGCUUCAGGCAGCUUCUGACUGGCUGCUUGAGAGCGGGGUGGUUUCCCUCCCGCGAAGUUGGUCGGAAGGACAGGCGACCGGCGGACUUACCAUCCGCGUUCCGGCCUAUAUGUCUUCUCGAUGAGGUGGGCAAGCUGUUCGAGCGAGUGCUCGCGGCCCGCCUCACGAGCUAUUUGUCUCAAGGGUGGGCCCCAAUCUGGCUAAUAGCUAGUAUGGGUUCCGAGAGGGACGGUCCACUGUGGAUGCUAUCCGCCAUGUGGAGUCCCUCUCGGAGGACGUAA